UCACCAUUCGAGCGCACGCGACGAGUUCUCCUCUCACCCGACGAGAACUCCCAAACAUUAUACGCGCAUGUUACCAAGUUAAUAAACUAACUAAACACAAGUAACAAUACCAAAUAAUGGAUUAUUAUUUUAUUACCAACAGUGUUUAAAAACCAACAAAAUAAUUUGCCGAAACUUUCGCGUCAAGUUUUGUUGAUUUAUUAAAAAAAAGUGCGCAAAUUUUGUUUGCUGUGGACCGAAACCGGAAACAAAAAGUGUCAUCCUGAAUGUCCACGUAUCGGUGGUAAUCAGCCGGCUAUGGGCGGUUUCUGGACGGCGGCGAAAACAACACGCACGCAAAAGACGUUUUUCGUGUUCACGCUCGUUGUCUGCACCACCACCAGCAUGGCGGCGGCGCAGGACGAAGCGCAACAGUUCCUAGACGAACUAGGUUUACCCGCACCAAAUUUAGUUAAGGCGAACAUUAGUCAAGAAGAAUACACGGCCAAGAUGAGCCUGUAUCUCACCGCACUGCGCGAUGCGCCGCAUCAGCCACAAGAUAUUCCACAGCUUUUAACGUACAAUUCAGAAAAUAAAUCCUGGAGACGAAGACGAGACGAGUCCAUCAGACUUCACUUCCACGUGAAGCCGACACCGGACGUCGAAGUCCAGAGCGCUGAAGUCCGCCUACUCUUCCCAGCGCACCCGCGAAGAAACACCACACAUGUGCGUGUUUAUCAAGUAUUGGGGGCGCGCCGCCGCCGCCUGCUCACAAAGAAAACAGUAUAUCUCUCGCAUACGCAACCGAAAUGGUCCGAUUUCGACGUGACCAGCGCGGCUGAAGACUGGCUAUCAGGCACCACUCGCAAUCUGGGCCUCUUCCUCGAGUGCGACCAUUGUAAAAUCGAAGCACUGCGACCCCUCCACGCAUCUCUCAACAUCCUUGCAAAACCCAUACUUCCCGGACGAGUAAAACGCAGUUAUUCCGACACCGAUAAAGAUGGUAACACCGAUUGCGAUGUAGUCAAUCCAGAAUCAUCUGGCACUGAACGCAAGCCAAAGUGCUGUCGGCAUCAGAUGACUGUAAAGUUCGAAAAGCUCAACUGGAACUCAAUUGUACAACCCAAAGAGUACGAGGCGGGAUACUGCAAGGGUCGGUGUCCGCACAACUUCAACUAUGCGACGAAUCAUUCACGAAUACAGAAUAUGGUCCAUCGGUUGGAUAAGCGAUCGACGCCGCGGACGUGUUGUGCACCUUCCAAGUUAAAACCGCUGGAGAUGCUCAUGGUUGAUCCGAACGACGCCAGCAAGCUGACGGUGCAUCGGUGGGACAACAUGAUUGUUGUCGAAUGCGCGUGUUCCUAGCCUGUCAUUGCCAAAGAUGAAAAAUUUAAGAAUCAGACCCUCUGGACGGGUCUAAUCAUGACAAGACUUUCAUAGGUCGAAAAACAAAGAGAACUGACUGCAUAUCAUGACAUUAUAAAGUCUAUAAAUAUUACAAACUAAAAAAAUUAACUAUAGAAAAGAAAUAAUAGGAAAUGCACUUUUUUUUAAGUUUUAGAAAUUCAGUUCUCACGUUCUCAUGUUUUGCGAAUAAACACACAAUGCAAUUUUGUAUUAUAGAUACUCGAACAUUUCUGUGAUAUUAUCUUUAUAUUGUUAGCGACAAAGCCGCAAAUAUGGCUUAGUAUUAGUUGUUAUUUAUUUAGCUAGACGCAAAUUUUCAAGAGAAUAUAGUCAUUAAUUUGUAAUUAUUUAAUUCUUUUUUGAAAGCCGCGAUUAAAGACACAUUUUGAAAGCGACUCAAAAUCGACGUAGCGACCACAGCACUGAUGCAUUUUUUAUAAACGCACGAGAGAUAUAAACAAAACUUUACUAUUCAUCAUCGAUGUACGUACUUGUAAAUAUUUUCUAACUAAUUAUCUGUCAAAGAAAACGGUUAAGUUGUUCUUUUGUUGGCGAUGCGGAAAAAAGAAAUUGUACUGAAACGAAUAGUGUAAAAGCAAAUCGUUCGUGAAACGUGUGUGUUCUAUUUAUUAUAUUUUUAUUUUGUAUAUGUGACAAGCAAAGAUUUGUAAUGUUGAUGUUGACGAAUGAUCUGAUUAGUAUUUGAGCAAGUCAUGAACUUGUAUGAAAAAAAUCAUGAAUAAUAAAAUCAAAAAAUUUCAUAAACAGAGAAA